GUAUGCCAACUACACACCACCACAUCUGCUACCAGUGGCGGGAUUCUUGUCUUUUUAACUGGACAACGGGAAGUAAACACAUUUUGCAUGUGGCUCCGGCGCGCCUUUCCCUUUCAAGUAUCCGGGGCGGGGACAAAGACAGAAGUUGUGUCGAAUCCAGUAAAUAAAAAGGAGAUGGGAAACAAAUCUAGGCGUCGGCGUCAAGAUGGCGUAUCCAAGAAAAUUCAACAGAUUUUUUCAAGGGAUGAGACUAUUUUAUAUGACUCGGAAGCUAGUCUGACCGGGAAAGAGGCGUAUCAACCUGGAAAAAUAUGUUUGGAUGAGUAG